GCAAAGUCUGGAAACCAGAAAGCAAAUCUGCCAUUCGCCAUGGAGUCCGAGUUCGGGCCCUUUUUCCUCUCCAACUUCCGCCUUGCGCCGCUGGCUGCUAGCAUCAGCGACGCCGAAAUUGCGAAGCCCGGGAAGCCCGAAUCGCAGGCACCUCCGCUGCCACCACUGGUGCGUCAGUUCGAGAGCACUGAGUCGACCACGCCAGGCUCCAGUGGGCUUUUCCGACUCGCCGCGCCCCCGCCGAACCAGUUUGCUGUGGGCUCGAGGACUCCGGCCGAGCAGGUUGUGAAGAUCGAGACCCUUCAGGAGCAGAAAGCCGCCCCUACGCGAUCGAAGGCGGAGGAAGGGGAGGAGGAUUAUGGCCCGACUGGCGCUGUGUUUGUGAACGAUGAGGAGUCACUUCUGGGUGCUGGCGCGCCGGCUGCUGUGGCGCCAGGCCGCCUUGUGCGGGAGGUGGACUCUGAGGGAGAGGAGGAAGCAGCGCCUGUGCAGCAGUACAAAGUGCAGGUUACAGUUCCAGAACAAGUGGAGCUACCGCCUCCUCGGCCGCUAGAGCUGCAGAAGGAGGCAGAACCUGUGGUGGUGCCGGAAGAAGAGGCCUUCGUCGAGCCGCCGCCAGUACCGGUGCAGGACCGAGGGGAGAACCGCUUGAAGCUCGCAAAGAACCUAGCUUCAGCUCAAUCAUCUCCUGCGGCUACACCAGGGCUGAGCGCACCUGCCCCCACGCCAGCACGAGCCGCCGGGGAAUCGCUGGCCUCACCGGCGCUCACCGUUCCGGCGCCCACACCAACGGGAAUUCCCGGGCAAUCGCUGUCACCAUCACCUGCACUAAAGGCAGUGCUGCCAACACCGGCACAAGCAUCGGUACCAACCGCAGCAUUGGCCACAGCGACGACGUCUCCGGCCAAGAGUCUGCCGAUAAUACCUGGGCAAGUCCAGAGCUUUCGCAUUGUCGUGCCGCAGCCCUUCCCCGGAGUACAGAUCCGCAAGUCGCCUAACUUGGACGACAAGCACGACCGGUUCCUGCAGGACGGUAAAUUCGUCACUGGAAAGGUCGAUACUUCUGGGCAGUGGGUGAAGCUGUCCAACAAGCACUACCUACCGGUGCAGGUGGGCCAAAUCCAGGUGCUGCACGUUGUGGAUCCUCAGGAUGUACCAUCCUCACCUGGUCGCCCCGAGACGGACUCCAUUGCCAAGGAGGAAGAGGCCAACUUCUGGUGGACGUGCUGCGCCGGGCCCGCCGUGACAGCUACAAUACAGACCAACGACCUACACGUGGCACCCCAGGAGCGCAACAAUGUCGAAGACAGCGGCUGGCCUUCAGAAGGUGCCAUGCUGACGCCGAUGGUCGUGGCACAAGGGAAGCCCGAGGCAGAGAGCUCUGGAGGCGCCGCACAGAAGGCUGCCAAGCUGUUUCCCGGCGAGGUGGCGCAGCUGCCGAGGCACAUUUCCAAUCCCAUCGACCCCUUCUCGGACAGAUGAGCAGAGCUGGGCGCAGCCGAAGGCUUACCAGGCUUGCUUCGGCGCCGUGCUGAGCUUGCAGAGAUUUGCAGCCGUACCGCAAAUUCCACGCGAGACCGGCAAGGCGCUGGCGCUGCCUUCACAUUCUCGGGAAAUCAACAGCAACAUGUUUGUUUUCAGGGCGUUACGAGAAG